ACACACACACACACACACAGAGAGAGAGAGAGAGCGGAAUUUUCUCUAGUGUGCCGAUACACUACUACAGCUACACACUUAAUAAUAAAAUGGUUAUUUUCGGAUUGCACGUGGCGCCAGUUAUGCGAGAGGAUUCCUAACCUCGGUUUUAUUUGGUUUUGGUUAGAUUAUUUGUUUGUUUGUUAUUUUAAUGGCACCCAUAUCAACGUUUCUGUGGCUCGCGAUCUACGUGGUCGCCUACGUGGUUGCAGGAAGCGCGGCCGAGGUGUGCGCGGGAGCGCGUUGCCCGGGCACGUGCGCAGGCGGACGGUGCGCCUCGGGUCGCGCGGACACGCUGCGGCGCCCGGCUGUGCCGUACACCAUCAUCCACCCGUCUGUGGUCGCGCGCCAGGAGAACGCCAGGAGCAACAGUGAAACGAUGGAAGCGCAGGCGCGAGCGCGGGCACAAGCACAAGCACGCGAUGGCUGCGCCGGCGACGGGCAUUGCGCGCAAGCCAAGCGGCGCCCGUGCGCCGGGCGCGAGUGCAUCACGCACAUGCGCGACGGCACAGAUCGCGCGCCGCGGGAGUUCGGGACCCAGAAUGGGAUUCAGCUCACGUGUGACGUCAAACCAGGCACCAAUGAAGUCCCCUCUGAGGAUGCCCUGGUGCUGCAGAUUCACUUGGCCAAGGGGCAAGAGAAGCUUGUGCAGGAGCUCCGGGCUCAGCAGGAUGAGGUCAAGCAUCUCCAGAACGGGUUGAAGGAUCAGCAGGACAUCCUGCAAGCCCAGCAGAAAGAGAUUCUGGACCAACAGCGGAGGAUUUUUGACCAGAUGGAGCAAGUGAAGGUGCAGUACCACCUGGUUAUGGAAAACUUUAGAAAUGUUGGUCAAUACAAAGAUCUGGAGGGUCAUCUGGACAGCCUCAGAUCUGAGAUAAGGACCAAGGAGGCAUACACCGUGCCCAAGGUGGACAUGGAGGAGAGCGUGAUGGACUUUGGAAGGCAGUUGCCCAGUUGCAGCUCCUGUCAAGCAGACGAGUAUUGCGAUUUUAGUGGGUCUUGGCCGAGAUGCGAGAAGUGUACCGUUUGUCUUCCAGGAUUUUUCCUGGUGUCCCAGUGCUCCGUUCACGCUGACAGGAUGUGUCAGGACAGAGACGAAUGCUUGGAAAUACAGCACUUAUGUGGUGAGGAACGUCAGUGUCUCAACACUCCAGGUGGAUUCCGAUGUACAGGAAUGUCAGCAAAAGAUGCUGGAAUGUGUGGUCAUUCUUACUUCUACAAUUCCGAGCUGCAGGAAUGCCAGGCUUGUUCGGAAUGUGAUUCCCAGAGCAUGGUAUCUCCUUGCUCAGCCAUGAGGGACACCGUUUGUUCCAGCUCCUCUGAGACCAGGUUGUCCCUUUCCUGGUCCGGCGAGGUUUCCCCAGUCCAAGGUAGCGAGUUUCCCAACAUGCAGUUGCGCAUCCAAGGGCACAGUGAUGGAGCACUUGUUUCUUGCACAAACGAUCGGUUAGUUCUGCACCAGCACGGACUUGUCUGGGUAGACCAUAACCUAGCUUUGAGACACGGAUGCCGUAGUUUUGUCCAAGCUGGCUUGAGGGUCAAUUCCAGUGAGGAUGGAGGAAGGGACCUAAGCGGAGUGCGCAUGGAGCAAAGAGACGGAAAAUCCCUCCAGAGCAUCAGUGUAACCGGAGUGACCGUCGUGGAUCCUGGUCACACGUUGUCCCUGUUCCUCAAGAGCACUAGCAAUCACUGUAAUGCUGAAAACGAGAAGGUGCACCUUCAAAGUGGACUCGUUGCACCAUUCAGUUUGCUCUGGCUCUCUCAUGAUACAGGCGCUAUAGCUAUGACCGCUCAGACGGUGGUUUCAGCGCACUUCCAUACCAACUACCGACCUUCCUUCCGUACUUCUUCUAUCUCUGAUCCCUACAUGGUGACUCUAAACCAUGAUAACCGCGGAAUUAGCUUUACAGAGAAGGGCACAGUGAAAUUUGUCUUCCAGCAAGCGGUCUACUCAAUGGGUCAAGCCUGUAUAUCUGAGGGAUUCUUCUUGCUAGCGUAUGUCAACCGGAACGGAAGCAGUGUUGAACUGACACGAGUCUUCAAGCCUGGCGUCCACUACAGAGACACAUCCAUAUCUCUUUCUGCCACCGCCGCAGUGGACGCCGGAGACACUCUCACUUUUGAAAUCCUAGCUCCGGCGCAGUGCAGUGCGCGCUACUUCAGUGACGACUCUGGGAUUAGCAUGCUAAGUCUGAUGUGGAUCCCAUCCUCUGUGUCCUCUGCCCUUUCAGCUACAGUAUCCAAAAGAGGUCUUCCCUUCGGCGCUGUAAGGAACAAGCCCUUAUUUUUUCACCAAACUUCCCCCGCAGUGGCUCAACUAGAAUUAGCUAGCGCAAGCAAGACGCACGCGCAUCGUAAUUUUAUCUUCCGGGAGGCAGGAACAGCUAGCGUUGCUCUGGACUUGAGGCUGAUACACUCAUGUAGCGUAAUUGAACUUGCUUUGGUUCAGCACGGAACAUCGCAAACGGUCCUCGCUCGCCAACUCGGAGGUCAGAUGCCAGAAGGGAGCGAAUGGGCUAGCUUAGGCCUCAGGGUGUCAUUUUCAGUGCAAAACGGAACUGAAGUGUACAUCACAGUGGACUGUGUGCGUGGACGCCUUAACCAGAUCGCCCACGAGGCAGGAAGUAGCAUUACCAUGCUCUGGGUUGCAGCGUGAAUUGAGCAGGUCACAUGUUUAAGCAUGUAGCAACACAGGAAGUAGCCUAUAUAUCCCAUAGAACGGAACAAGGUCUGAGGAUUUAGCAUGUUUGCAGCUUUAUAUUUAGCGUAGCACAGAUUGUGGUGAUUAUCUUGCCUAGUGUGAUUAGCAUCAUUAUAGCCUGCUGACAUGCUGAAUAAUUUAUACAGUGUUAUGUGACAACAUGCUAUCUGUGUGUGUGUGUGUAUGUGUGUGUGUGUGUAUGUGUGAAACUCAUUACAAGCUAAGUUUUUUGCAGUCAUCUUUAUAUCUUAGCUUUAGCUUUGAGCUCACAGCCUGUGUUCUUGUUUAAAUUCUUUCAAGUUUUCAAGUCGUACGUAUUUAAACGCUAAAUGUGGGUUUUAUCAUGUUAGUGUUGUACGAAUAUCUUAAGAAUAAACAACUUUGACUUGAAGUAUUUAUAUUCAGAACAAGACGCUAAAACCUCUCACGCACCAUGCGUAGCAUGCAUCGGCUAGGUGACUAGCCUAGUUAGUGCUCUAGAUCAGAUUUAAUGGUGAUUUAAAGGAUCUUGUUUAUCAAGAUACGAACUACAAGCUUGUUAGCUUAAAUGUAGCGUUAGCUCACAGUAGCCUAGCAUCCACUGUAGUUUGGGGGUUAAUAUUGUGACACAAUUUUAUUUUGUGACAAAUUGGGGGUUUUUUUUACGUAUCUUUGGUGUUUAUAAAUAAAUAAAAAGAAAAGUAUGUUUUCCAGAAAUAACCCGAAUGAAGGAAUAAAUUUCGUCCUGAAGACAGUAGCGUGAUCUGGUCUU